AAAAAAAAUGUUUAAUGAAAUAAUGUUGGACAGUGUUGCAUGCUCUUUCAUAACGUCCGUCCGUCUCUUCCUUGUCACCCCGUAGAUGAAAACGGGGAGGAAUCGGAUGAACCCCCCAAAGUGGAAGUCCAGGAGAUCAAGGAGACUGAUGCGUUCUACUCCAAAAAGUGUAAACUGUUCUAUAAGAAAGAGACGGAGUUCAAGGAGAAGGGAGUUGGAACACUGCACCUGAAGACGACCGCAGACGGAAAGACACAGCUGUUAGUCCGCGCUGAUACCAACCUGGGUAACAUCCUGUUGAAUAUCCUGGUCCAGGCCUCCACACCCUGUUCCAGGAUGGGGAAGAACAACGUCAUGGUGAUAUGUGUUCCUAACCCCGUGGUGGACCUCAACAACCCUACCAACCCUGUCGCCAUGCUCAUCAGGGUCAAAACAGCAGAGGACGCUGAUGAGCUGCACAACAUACUGGAGAAGAAGAAGGCUUAGAGGACACGCCCCCUGGACAACAUACUGGAGGAGGAGGACACGCCCCCUGGACAACAUACUGGAGGAGGAGGACACGCCCCCUGGACAACAUACUGGAGGAGGAGGACACGCCCCCUGGACAACAUACUGGAGGAGGAGGACACGCCCCCUGGACAACAUACUGGAGGAGGAGGACACGCCCCCUGGACAACAUACUGGAGGAGAAGGCUUAGAGGACACGCCCCCUGGACAACAUACUGGAGGAGAAGGCUUAGAGGACACGCCCCCUGGAGGGCGAUACAGGCUGACCCCACUCAACCCCUCUGCCUAUCAACUAACCCCAGUCCUGUACCCCUCCACCCCAGGUCCAGUCCUGUACCCCUAGCCCCUCCACCCCAGGUCCAGUCCUGUACCCCUAGCCCCUCCACCCCAGGUCCAGUCCUGUACCCCUAGCCCCUCCGCCCCAGGUCCAGUCCCGAACCCCUAGCCCCUCCGCCCCAGGUCCAGUCCUGUACCCCUCCGCCCCAGGUCCAGUCCUGUACCCCUCCGCCCCAGGUCCAGUCCUAUAUCCCCUCCACCCCAGGUCCAGUACUGUACCCCUCCACCCCAGGUCCAGUACUGUACCCCUCCACCCCAGGUCCAGUACUGUACCCCUCCACCCCAGGUCCAGUACUGUACCCCUCCGCCCCAGGUCCAGUCCUAUACCCCUCCGCCCCAGGUCCAGUCCUGUACCCCUCCGCCCCAGGUCCAGUCCUAUAUCCCCUCCGCCCCAGGUCCAGUCCUGUACCCCUCCGCCCCAGGUCCAGUCCUAUAUCCCCUCCGCCCCAGGUCCAGUCCUGUACCCCUCCGCCCCAGGUCCAGUCCUGUACCCCUCCGCCCCAGGUCCAGUCCUAUAUCCCCUCCGCCCCAGGUCCAGUCCUAUAUCCCCUCCGCCCCAGGUCCAGUCCUAUAUCCCCUCCGCCCCAGGUCCAGUCCUGUACCCCUCCGCCCCAGGUCCAGUCCUGUACCCCUCCGCCCCAGGUCCAGUCCUGUACCCCUCCGCCCCAGGUCCAGUCCUGUACCCCUCCGCCCCAGGUCCAGUCCUGUACCCCUCCGCCCCAGGUCCAGUCCUAUAUCCCCUCCGCCCCAGGUCCAGUCCUGUACCCCUCCGCCCCAGGUCCAGUCCUAUAUCCCCUCCGCCCCAGGUCCAGUCCUGUACCCCUCCGCCCCAGGUCCCGUCCUAUAUCCCCUCCACCCCAGGUCCAGUCCUGUACCCCUCCGCCCCAGGUCCAGUCCUGUACCCCUCCGCCCCAGGUCCAGUCCUAUAUCCCCUCCGCCCCAGGUCCAGUCCUGUACCCCUCCACCCCAGGUCCAGUCCUGUACCCCUCCGCCCCAGGUCCAGUACUGUACCCCUCCACCCCAGGUCAUGUUUUAUUUUAACCCUCUUUAUCCUUGCCUGUCUCGCUGACAACUCUCCAAUCUGGAAUGGCCCCUAUUCCCUAUCUAGUGCACUACUUUAGACCAGGCCCCUAUUCCCUAUCUAGUGCACUACCUUGGCCAACUAUGUCAGCCAGAUGGUCUGAACUAGUGAACUAUUGAGGGAAUAGGAGGCCAUUUUGUCAUGUGAUGCCAGAGGGGUCGUCUACAACAAGUUAUCUUUACUCACCUGGACUAGACACACUAACAGAGACACACCUGAACUAGACACACUAACAGAGACACACCUGGACUAGACACACUAACAGAGACACACCUGAACUAGACACACUAACAGAGACUCACCUGGACUAGACACACUAACAGAGACACACCUGAACUAGACACACUAACAGAGACACACCUGGACUAGACACACUAACAGAGACUCACCUGGACUAGACACACUAACAGAGACACACCUGGACUAGACACACUAACAGAGACACACCUGGACUAGACACACUAACAGAGACACACCUGGACUAGACACACUAACAGAGACACACCUGGACUAGACACACUAACAGAGACACACCUGGACUAGACACACCUGGACUAGACACACUAACAGAGACACACCUGGACUAGACACACCUGGACUAGACACACUAACAGAGACACACCUGGACUAGACACACUAACAGAGACUCACCUGGACUAGACACACUAACAGAGACACACCUGGACUAGACACACUAACAGAGACUCACCUGGACUAGACACACUAACAGAGACUCACCUGGACUAGACACACUAACAGAGACUCACCUGGACUAGACACACUAACAGAGACACACCUGGACUAGACACACUAACAGAGACACACCUGGACUAGACACACUAACAGAGACACACCUGGACUAGACACACUAACAGAGACACACCUGAACUAGACACACUAACAGAGACACACCUGGACUAGACACACUAACAGAGACACACCUGAACUAGACACACUAACAGAGACACACCUGAACUAGACACACUAACAGAGACACACCUGGACUAGACACACCUGGACUAGACACACUAACAGAGACACACCUGGACUAGACACACCUGAACUAGACACACUAACAGAGACACACCUGGACUAGACACACUGUAACACAGAGACACACCUGGACUAGACACACCUGAACUAGACACACUAACAGAGACACACCUGGACUAGACACACUGUAACACAGAGACACACCUGGACUAGACACACUAACAGAGACACACCUGAACUAGACACACCUGGACUAGACACACUAACAGAGACACACCUGGACUAGACACACCUGGACUAGACACACUAACAGAGACACACCUGGACUAGACACACUGUAACACAGAGACACACCUGGACUAGACACACUGACAGAGACACACCUGGACUAGACACACCUGGACUAGACACACUAACAGAGACACACCUGGACUAGACACACCUGAACUAGACACACUAACAGAGACACACCUGGACUAGACACACUAACAGAGACACACCUGGACUAGACACACUAACAGAGACACACCUGGACUAGACACACUAACAGAGACACACCUGGACUAGACACACUAACAGAGACACACCUGGACUAGACACACUAACAGAGACACACCUGGACUAGACACACUAACAGAGACACACCUGGACUAGACACACUAACAGAGACACACCUGGACUAGACACACUAACAGAGACACACCUGGACUAGACACACUAACAGAGACACACCUGGACUAGACACACUAACAGAGACACACCUGGACUAGACACACUAACAGAGACACACCUGGACUAGACACACUAACAGAGACACACCUGGACUAGACACACUAACAGAGACACACCUGGACUAGACACACUAACAGAGACACACCUGAACUAGACACACUAACAGAGACACACCUGGACUAGACACACUAACAGAGACACACCUGGACUAGACACACUAACAGAGACACACCUGGACUAGACACACUAACAGAGACACACCUGGACUAGACACACUGUAACACAGAGACGUACAUGUGACCGUUGAAAUUAAAUGUUUUAUUUGCAUGCGUUGUGUAGCAACACACAUUUUUAGUUAUUAAAAUCUGGUUAAUUGUGAUUUUAUUACUGUGAAAGUUCAAUGGGCUCCACCGUCUUGCGCCUAACGGGCAUAAGACUUGUUGAACGUAUUCAUCUUAUUGUGGGAUUCAGUAACAUUCCGUCUAGAUACCGCUGCUAUAGUUUUAAUUAAAAGAUGAGAGGGAAGCAGGUUGAUGGGGGGUUUUUAACGGUUAGCGAGACUGCGGUUCUUCUGGUUGUGGGGCAAGAGGAGACCUUUUAAAAAGUGUGGUAGACUAGAAUGAAGAGGGAGUAUUUUAUCUACCGGCUCUGUCCAGCUCUCUGAGGAUAAGAUGAAGAGAGAACCGUGUUUUGAAGAAGGGGUGUGUUAAUGAGGGUUCAUUUCAAAUGGCUCCCUAUUCCCUAUCUAGUGUACUAUGUAGGGAAUAGGGUCUCCCAUAGGGCUCUGGUCAAAAGUAGUGCACUAUGUAGGGAAUAGGGAGCCAUUUGAGCUGCAGGCCCUUUAUGUUAAUGUAGGACUGGGUCAGUUUCACCAGAUAAUCUGAGAACUAGAUUAACCCUCGUCCUCCAACAUCAUCUAGUUAGUUCUCACCUUUCACUGCCUAAACCCAGUGUCUUGUCUGUGUGUGUUUCUACUGAAUGUGUGUUCACACCUUUUUUGCUUUGUAAGACUUUAUUUAUUGUAAAAGAUAAAUGGAAAUAUGUUGUGUUGGAGUGAGAUUCAUUAUGUUACCUGUCUGAGUAAAUGGACUCCAUCUUACCUUCUCUCCCUCAUGGAAUUACACUCACUCAAUAUGGCCGCCGGUUCACCUGUAACUGUCUGAGUAAAUGGACUCCAUCUUACCUUCUCCCCCUCAGAAUUACACUCACUCAAAAUGGCCACCGGUUCACCCAUAACUGUGUACCUGUCUGAGUAAAUGGACUCCAACUCCUUUCUCCCCCUCAUGGAAUAUGCAUAGAAAUACACUCACUCAAAAUGGCCGCCGGUUCACCCAUAACUGAGUAAAUGGACUCCAACUCCCUUCUCCCCCUCAUGGAAUUACUCACUCAAAAUGGCCGCCGGUUCACCUGUAACUGCCUCAUUGACUUGAAAGGGAACGUCUGCUUCAGUAAUUGUCUUUCUAUGGGAACAUGUCUCCCUUCACAACCUCUGAGGCAUUAUAGAUAAAUCUUUCUAGAGCUGGUCAAAACGUAUGGCGCCAUUUUGGAUGCAGAGAGAGGGCCUGUUAGGUCACACGGUCUGUUUUCCCACAAGGCAUCAGUCGGUGUGAAAGGAUUUGAACAGAGCGGAUUUCAUUCAUCUCUAGUUUUGGUUGUUUCCAAGUGUCCUUUUGUCUGUUCGCUGAGGCACUGCAGCCGUCGCCUGUCUGAUACGUUUGUACUCCUUUAAAACGGGAAUAAAUUCAUCAACCAUU